AUGGCCGCGGAUCCGAGCGGGCGGCACCACCACCCGGCGGUGAACGACGUGUUCCUGACGCUCGUCGGCGCCAGCAACGCCCUCUCCGACGUCCAGCGCCGCCUCGACCUCGAGUUCCGCGCCUCCUACCCCGACCACGCGAACCCGGCGAAGCUGGUGGGGCGGGUGAAGCGGGUGCAAGAGGAGGUGGCCGCGCUCAAGGACCUCUGCCGCGACCUCCUCGCCCAGAAGCAGGAGCUGAUCGACCGGAUGCGGACGAGCCUGGCGGCGCAGCGGAGCGCCACGCAGCGGCUGCUCGCCUCCUCCGGGCUGCCCCUCAUGACCGAACACGACGAGGCCGCCUACGGCAACCUCAAGCAGGUGAUCGACGAGUGGACUGACCAGCUGAGGCCAAUGGCAGGGGAUGCGGAUGGGGAGGACCAAGACACCAACCAGAUCCUCUUCUCCGCCAUCGUUGACUGA